AUGUCUGACAAGAACCAGCAAGAGAAGGAGUUCACCACUCAGCCCAUCGACGAGAGCAAGAAGGAAGGCUCUAGCUUCAUCGAGGCCAUCAAGUCCAAGGUUGCCCCACACCAUGCCGCGCCCGGACCGGCCGUGUCCCACGACCACAGCGAGAUUCCUCAGGAGGGAACUAAGGAGGAGCGCCUGGCCAAGGCCAAGGAGCUGAACAAAUAA